GUUAAGCUUCUAUAAUCCUGAGUGUCACAAUUACGAAGGUCCUUUUUCUAUAAAAAAAUACACAAAAUCAAUAUUUUUCCGUUUCUACAGAAUUCGAUUCAUAAACAGUUUAUCGAUUUUGAGCGAUAAUCAGUGAUCGUUAUUCAAUUAUGAAAAUUUAAAAAAUUAUACAGUUUAUAUACGUCACUCAGAUAAAACGCGAUAAGUUUCGUGUAUAUCAUACACUCCUUAUUAUUUAGAAAAGCCAAAAGCACAGUUGAUCAUAAUGUUUUUUGCAUUCAGUGUGUGAACAUGAAUAAUUAUCCACCUCCUGAUUUGUCCACAAUGCUUGACGAUUUGUUCUUACUUCAGGACAUCAACUAUUUUAUGGAAGACACUGAAAACAGCUACAUGGAAGACAUCGAGGCCGAUGAUCUUUUGCGACAUUUCCCUUUGCCCAACCCGAAACCCAUGGAUCAGUGGGAAACUGACGAAGUCUUGGACUUCAUAUUAGAUAAAGUUUCCCCCGAAUCCGCCCAAUUAUCAAACGAUAAUUUCGAACGCUUCCAAUGCAUCUCGGGAUUCAUCUUCCGAAACUUGUCCGAAGAGAACUGUAAAAUUUUAUCCAAGUCAAAUAGUUUAGGUCAGUUAAUUUUCAAUGCCAAAGAAACUUACCUUAGGUGCCAUCCCAAUGAAUAUAAUCAAGAGAGUAAUUGUUUCUACGAAACCAAUAACGAGAACGUGCCAGUUUUCAAUAACCCAACCAAUGAAAUUUACUCCUCUCCUAACAAUAAAAGACCAGGAAGGCCUCGAUGCAAACCCACAUCCGAUAGAAUUGGUAAACGCUCGGAGAAGCUUUGGGAGUUUUUACUGCACCUCCUACGUGAUAGUAACACUUGUCCUCAACUGAUCAAAUGGGAGAAUUUCGAAGAGGGCACAUUUAAGUUCGUCCAAAGUGAAAAAGUCGCUCGAUUGUGGGGCAACAGAAAGAAGAAUGAUAAAAUGACUUAUGAGAAAUUCAGUCGAGCUAUGAGAUAUUACUACAAGAGAGAGGUGUUGUUGCCAGUGCCGGGCAAACGUCUAGUUUACAAAUUCGGGCCCCAGGCCAAAGGGUGGCAAACCAUCCGCCCGAUUAAUUAAGCGAAUUUAGUUAAGUUUUACGAUAGGUUUUGUAAGUUUUAUAAAUAAAAAGUUGAUGUUAAUUGCGA